GCGUGCUCUCCCGGAGUGAGUCCGUGUCAUCGUUUUCACCCAGUGGAAGCCCCACACCCACAGAAGCCCACAGCUACUGGUCCGGGUCUGGGACGCAGAGUUCGACCUUAACCACGGGUGUAUCUACCGAAAGGAGCUCCAUUUGCUCAUGGAGAGAUGAAGAGUUUGACAAAGCCAGUGCACAGAAAGUACAGCAGUUAUUCUGGGAGGUCGAGGAAAUGUUAUUCGAAGGGAAAGUGAGCCCACAGACCCAGAACCUCAUGGCUGAAUGCAGCGAGUGGGCGAGACGAUCCAUCCAUCUGAGAGUAUUAGGAAGACAGGUCAUCCUGCCAACCGAUGAAGGGGUCCGCCACUUCCAGGGCAGCGAGCCUCGCUCUGCAGGUCACGAUUCCUCCCCGGAUGCCUGUCAACACAGCAGCAACAUCAGGCAGCUGUGCAUCUCCGGCUCUCAAAUACUCCCAGCAGCACUUGCAGCCCCAGCCCUGCCAGGUCCCAACUGCACAGAGGUGGCCAACCUAGCAGCAUAUUCAUCCCUGCAGGAAGAGGUCUAUGAUGUGGAUGGAAAAAUUGAAGAAUAUUUCGCUUUCGACAGAAAAGAAGAUGACAAUGAACAACUUGAACAGAAAUCAGCUCACCACUGUGGGAUGUGGCGCAAGCAUGGACUUCCUCCCAUUUCCCCUCAUGACUGUAUCAAAGACGCUGUGGCUGCAGAAGUGUUCGAUCACAUCUGGACAAAUGUGACAGAAAUACUGGAAGAGCUGAUUAAAAAAAACUGGGAAGUUAUGCUCACAGGAAGAAGAAAACAGAAAGAAAAAUUGAAAGUUGCUGAGGCUAAAUCUCCGCAGGGACUCAUUUCCCAUAUUAACACUGAUUUAAUGAGUGUUCCCCCGUCCAGAAGUUCUGAAGCUCAAAGCAUCUCACUGGCUUUUCAUCAUAAUACCCCCCAGAUCCAUCGCUUCUCCAACAAUUUUUAUAGUGAUUUGAAUGGUGUGAUGACAAUUCAAGCAAAACCACUUCAGCAGAGACCGACCCAUUUUGCAGACAGGACGCAGAAUGAACAAGAGGACAGAUCACUGAGUGUGGGGGCUAGUGGCCUUUCUGCGGCCCGCCACCGUCUGGGACGAAUCUCAGACUCCUGCCGACUACAGACUCCUGCAAAGAAAACCCCGGUACACAGGCGGCUGCCUUCUCUCCUUUCAGACUCACAGAGAAUGAAAACCCCCAAUGUGGACAGUGAGGAUGUGCUUAGGGGAACAAGACUGUACAGAGGAAGGCAUGCACAAAACCAUGUUUUAAGUGCAAUACGCGAUAGUGUAGAUCGAUCACCUCUUCGAGAAAGAUCUCUGACUGUGGAACAGUUUUCAAGGCCCAGCACAACCCAUACGUUCCGAUCAGACACCCCUCGAAAAGGUUCAUUGACUCUGAUGGAGUUUGCUGGUCAUACCUGGGCAGGUCAAGGUUUGUUGACAGGUUCGCAGUAUCCACCCAAGUCUUUUCAGAGGACAACUCUGACUUUAAGAAAGAGAUUCCAAGUGGCAUCUUGAUGUUGCUUCCCCAGAAUUGCAGCCUUUGCUGGGCCACCCAAAGCCUCCGCGACCACUUGUCACUGAAAAACAGAAGAACAAGUAUCAUAGUAUGUGUCUGCUGGCACAGCAGUCUGCAAUAUUGGACUGUCUGAGAGAAAUGCAGACAAAUAAACAACUUAAUUGUGAACACUUUGCACUGUAAACACAA